GGGCCAUGUCCUUUGAACACUUGUACAUUUCCUCCUACGAGGGGAGUCAGGGGACAAGCCAGCUGAAACCCAUUUGUACCGGGUCACAGAAAACGGAUCGUGUUCAGGAUGAUGUCAGAAGGCGGAAGUGAUGGUGAUGUUGGGAGCCAGGGGGACAGCGUGGACGCCUUCGGGUUUCUCAAAAAGAAGCCAUCUGGAACCUCCCAGGGAAAUAGCAAGAUUCCCGCGGAAGUCGAUGCUCAGUCCAGCAGUAAAGCAGUUACCAAUGAUGACCCGGACCGCUACAAGAUGGACUACCCCUGCAUAGGACACUGUCUGAUUAUCAACAACAAAAACUUCCACCCUGGCACAGGGAUGAAGUAUCGCAGUGGGACGGACGUGGAUGCUGCUGCCGCUAUGAAAAUCUUCAGCCGUUUGGGCUAUAAGAUGAAGAUCGCUAAUGACCAGACUGUGGCACAGAUGACACAACUGCUGUUGAGCUUUUCUAGGGAGGACCACAGUAACUGUGCAUCAUUCGUGUGUGUGUUGUUGAGUCACGGAGAUGAGGGGAAGAUCUUUGGGACGGACGGGCACGUAGAGCUGACAGACCUGACUAAAUACUUUAAAGGAGCCCCCUGUAGGAGUCUGGUGGGGAAACCCAAGCUCUUCUUCAUACAGGCUUGCCGUGGCACCGAUUUGGAUGAUGGCACCACCCUCCAGACAGACAGCGAACCCGAAGAAGCAUCAGCGAGGAUUCCUGUGGAGGCGGACUUCCUGUAUGCAUACUCCACAGCCCCAGGAUACUACUCAUGGAGGAACACAUCCAACGGCUCGUGGUUCAUGCAGGCGCUGUGUGAGAUGCUGGAGCGUCACAGUAAGCAGCUGGAGCUGAUGCAGAUCAUGACCCGAGUCAACCGCAAGGUGGCGCUGGACUUUGAAUCUUGCUCCGACUUACCAGGAUUCAGUGCCAAGAAACAAAUCCCCUCGAUCGUCUCAAUGUUGACCAAAGACUUCUACUUUCCUCGCUAGACUCUUUUCUCCUGAUUAGAGUUUGAUUCUCUUAUUAUAUUUUACUGUGGUCUCUACACUGUUUGGGCUCUAAUGUUAACCUACACUGAAAAAUAACUUCCCUUGAUACACUGGAUAUUACCUGCUCAAGUGGAAGUACUUUUAUUUUGUUGAUACGUAAGCAGAUGUAAAAGUACUGUUGAAAAACAUCUACUUAAGUAAAAGGGGAGAAAGUAGCUUAUUUAAAAUGUACUCUUAACAGUUAGUUACUUUCUGAAUGAAAAAAAAAAACAAACACUGAGAUGUUUUUCCCAUGCCAUUUUAAAAGGAUAAGAGUACAGAUUUCUAAUUGGAUUCUUGCAUUUGGGAAAUUUAGAGAUUUCAAACUAAAGUAAAGCUCAAUUACUCUUUUCCUCUUCUUCCCCUCUGACCGCCCACUGUGAAUGGCUGCACAGCUGGCUUGUAUACUGUUGUCCAGUGGCCGAUCCUUACAGAGAGCACACAAGAUGUGUACUCUGCAGUGGAUGUGGUUUCAAAAUGUAGCUAAAAUGCAAAACCUCUGUCUUUAAAAACACUCAGAAGUACAAUUAAACAAAAACGCUACCCAAUUACAGUAAUGUGAAUAAAUGUCAUUAGUUACUUCCAGUUCUGCUGAUUUUUAAAUCUAUUUUAACUUCCGAGACCAGAUCCCACAUAGAUCUCCACUGUUGAUAAAUGGCAUCAGUGUAUGUCCUCAGAUUGUUUUCCUCUGGUCAUAUAAGAGUCUGUUCUGGCGACAGCUUAUAUCAUGCUGCCGUUGUGAACAUAACGAGAGCACAAGGACCACAUGAACGCACCAUCAUCUAACGGAUAAAAGGGAACAGCUUUUUUUUGUUUGUUUUAUGUGGUUUUAUGGGCGUAAGGUUGAGUGUUUCAUUCAGGAAAUGUUUGAUCAGUUCUAGGUUGUUUCAUUUUUGGUCAUGCUUUUCAGAGAAUAAUGCUGAUUGCAUUUCUUUGUAAGUGUAAUAGAGAAACUGUCCAGGGAACCAUAUGUUUUUGUUGUUUUUAAAUAAGUUUUUAGUGGAGAACAUUUUUGGGCAUGAAUCACUGGUAGAUACAACAAGGGCUUAAAACUUGAGACAAUUUGUGCAUUUUUUUUUCCAGUGUAAAACCAAUCUUGUCUGCCUUUUAUCACAUUUUUAUGUAAUAAAUGGUCAAAUGCAA